UAACACAGUAAACAGAUGUUUUUUUGUAGGCUAACACAUUUGUUUUUUGUCAUGCAUUACAGAGCAGUUCUAUGACACUGUGUUACAUAUGUUAUGUAUGUUACAUAGGUUAUGUAUGAUGUAAUGCAACUCCUGUAAGGUUUCAUAACACAAUGAUUGUGCAGUUAUGCAAUUAUUACACAGCUGAUAGAAACAUACUGAGUGUGUGUUUGUGUUCACUGGACAGAGGAUUUACAGUGCGCAGGUCAGUCGCUGAUGCGCUGUGGGGCAUGUGUGCGGCGGAUGCCAUGUCGAUGCCUGUUCACUGGUACUACAACACCCACGACAUCAGAUCCGACUUCGGUGGCUGGAUCAGUGGAUUCAAUGCCCCGCGAGACCGACACCCGUCCAGCAUACUUACCCUGUCCAACGCAGCUGGCAGCGGGCGCACGGGCUGGUCGUCUGGUGCCAGGGCUCCUGUGGUGGGUAAUGUGAUUCUACAUGAUAAACUGAAGUUCUGGACAGCUCAGAGAGGAUCAGUACAUUACCAUCAAGGUCUGAAAGCGGGCGAGAACACCCUGAACACUCUAUGUGCUCUGCGGGUGGCGCGGGUUCUGAGCGCCAGUCAGUUUGUCAGUGUAACGGAUCCUGAAGCGCGAGCUGCUGUUCUGUCAGAUUAUGUUCAGUUCAUGACGCAUCCCGGAACACACAACGACACGUAUGCAGAAUCCUUUCACAGAUCGUUCUUCUCUGAUUGGCAGGAACUCAAACCCACCACACCGAGAGAGAUUCUGGAGUUUGCAGAGCGUCGCUCCAAACGCAUGAUGAACGUGUCUUUUCCUGACGGUCAACUGAAUGCUAUUGGCUGUCUGCCCAUGACCAUCCCAUUUGUCCUGCUGUCUGCCUCAGCCAAUCAGGACGAAGCAGUGUCUGCUGCAGUGAAGUUUGUGAAACUCACUCACCCUCAUCCGAAGCUGGAGCAGUUUGUGUCACUGUAUGUCAGAGUGCUCCACGGCACACUGAACGGAGCGUGUCUGAAGCAGCAGGCGGAGAACGCCCUGAAAUCACCCGUGCUGGACGCCUGGGACACAUGUCAACCCUUUAUACAGCGUGCAGAGAGGUUUCCAGCAUCAUCAGAAGAAAGAAUGAAGGUUCAUCAGAGAGCCGUGGAGUCACUCGGUCUCGCCUGUUAUACACAAGGAGCUCUCAGCAGUCUGUUUUAUUUGGCAUACAUCUUUCAUAAUGACGUGACGGGGGGGAUCCUGACCAACACUAACUGUGGAGGUGAGAACUGUAAUAGAGGUGCCGCAUUAGGAGCUCUUCUGGGUGCCAGAGCGGCGUAUAUCAACUCGAGCAUGCCGCAGGAGUGGAGAGACGCGCUGAUAAAUGCCCCGGAGCAAAUCUCUCACAUCCUGCAGGAUCUGCCCUAAAAAUGAUUCUGUCUGUUUCACUCUCAAACUCCUUUCUUUUACUUUGUGCUCUUUACUCUUCAUACACACACAUGCACAGGAAGUGAUGCCCACAGAUGUGGUUUCCAUCCUGCAAUGUAUGAGACUUCCCCUCUGAACUCGUAACAGCGCAACACAUUAGAAAACAGGGUCUUAUUCUCAAGACUAAGAGAACGAUGAACUAAACAAAUCAUCAUUAGAAUGUGGUUGUGUUAGUUAAUAUUACUUUCUAUUGGGGUGUGAAUGUUUACAGUGUGAAACAACCGAUUUCAAAUAUCUCAAUCUACUUCACUUUAUUUUCAUAUAUUUCAUAUAUAGUUGCUAAAAAUGGAAUUACUCCGCUUAAACGAAAUUAGUUUGUUUAAACUUCUGUCAUCAUUAAUAUUUUUGCACUGUUAUUGGAGUUUAAUGCAGUUCUUUUGUAGGAAAUUAUGUUUGUAACAUGCAAGCAGCUACUGCUAUCAGGUGUCUUUUGCUCGUUAUUCACAUGAUUUGCACAUUUCAUUAAGAUUAAUUUAGUGUUGUAGAUGUGAGGUGAUUUGAGAGUUUCAUGCUGAUGUAUGCUUUUAUUCAUGGCUCUUGUAAUCAUGUUUAUAUUUUACAUUUGUUAAAAACGAGACUGUAUGUCAGUGAGAUGAGAUGAAUUCUGUGCUGUUUGUUGGUGUUGAUGAGUGUUUAAUUUGAUGUUUAAACCGCACGUCUCUCUGUGGUGUUGAAACGAGACACAAGUUCAAACGUUACAGUAGCAUGUAAAGAGCUGCUCAUCUCUCGCUAAGUUCUGAACUUCAAGAUUUUAGACUAGAUUUACAUUUCCUGAAGGAAACAGCAGCACGUGCAAUGUUAAAUGUUUUAGGUAAAAUUAUAGAAAAGUUAUAAAUUCAAAGAGACGUUAUAGAAAUACGGAUUCAACAUGCAGUUGUUCGAUAACUUCAUCACUGUUGCUUACAUUCUGAAUAGUCUAAUAAGAUUUUUAUGUUUAGACCUCAUUUAGCUCUUAAUGACAAUUAAACCAUUAAUUUUAAUAUAAAAUAAUGAAAUUAUAUUAUUUAUGUUUUCUUCACUUCAAUAAAAACCUUCAGUUUAGUCAACUGAGUGUCUAAACUUCACAGCUUGUCAUGCAUUGGGGUCUCUGGUGACAUCUGCUGGAAUAUUCUGCAUUGUGGAUGUUUUAUAGUCUCACCCCUUCAUUUAUGUGUGUUUGUUUUCUGCAUUGUGUCUGAUUUAUUGAUUUCUAUUUGACAAAUUAAAUAAUUUCACAUUCAUUUCCUAUGGCAGGUCAAUUUUGACUCAAACCACAAGGUUUUUUUUUCUACGACCAAUUAGACUCAUCAAAUCAAGUGCAGAUUGUUUGUGUGGUCACCAAGUCUUGUACACUCAGAUACGUGAAGGAACGAAAUUUUAUUAAAGAAACAAAAUCAAAAUGAACACCACAAGAGGGUUAAGCAUCAGCUUCUAAGUAACAGUUGAACUUUGUUGUCUAGUUUGACCGUAUGAAGAUCUUGCCAAUAAAAGAGACAACCUAUAUUAUAAAUCUGCCGUUUUUUAGACGGUGAGCCAGAAACGGCACCAACCUCCUUUUUGCACCCCCUUUUUCUCUUUAGUUUUUCUUUUGUAUUAUUUGUGAAUGAAUAAUACAUAAGAAGUUUUACACUGAGGAAAAAGACCUAAACAGAUGUGUGUCACAAAAGAUAUUGUUGACGGUUUACAGACGGCCAAAAGUUUGGAAUAA